ACAAAAAAAUUGCUUGGUUUGUCACAUUACAAUAUACAAAGUAAAAGAGACGAUCUAGCAAAGUAAAUGCAUAUUCGGGAGAUACAAUAAAAUAGACAAGGACUACAAAUUUUAUCUGUCAUUUGAAAAUUCGAUCUGUAAGUGAGUAAGAGAAGUUAUACAAUAUAUUGGCAAAAAAUAUUAUACCUAUAGUAUACGGAAAUAACAAUUAUUCAGAAGUUGCAACGCUGCACUCGGAAUCUUAAGAAGAAAUAGUUUAUUCAUGGAAAGUAUGAAACUGCGACAAUUGUUUCUGCUGCUGCUUUUUAUGACAGUACCAUUUGUAAUAAUUUAUUAUGUAAAUUUAUGUAAUUACUUUCGGGUUUCUGAAUUGAAAGUAUAUAAAAAUGAAAGUAAAGUGAAACACAUACUUUUUUGGACCAAAGCUUGGGAUAAUGAAGACUUUUACCUUGGACUGGGAAGUGAGCCUUUUAAACGUUGCCCCAUUAACAAUUGCUUUACAACAAGCGACAAGAAAUUUAUGCCAGUGGAAGACUUUGAUGCAGUCCUUUUUCAUGGGGCCGAAUAUACUCUUGAAAAAUAUGGAAAACCACAAAAAAGGAAACAUAAUCAGGUUUACGUUUCUACGAAUAGAGAAUCUCCUAUCAAUACUGUUGACGACGAUUUUAAGAACUUCUUUAAUUGGACGAUGACAUACAGGAGAGAUUCUGAUAUAAUAUAUAGCUAUGGAAGUUUUAUUAAAAUGUCAAAUACUUAUAGGAUGCCUAAGGCGGAUGAUGUAACUCAAAAAUCCAAAAAAAUUGCUUGGUUUGUGUCACAUUGCAAUGUACAAAGUAAAAGAGACGAUCUAGCAAAGGAAAUGCAAAAAUACAUGGAAAUAGACAUAUUCGGGAGUUGUGGCAAUUUAAUUUGUCCAAAAGAAUUAAGUGAAGAGUGCUACAAUAAAAUAGACAAGGAAUACAAAUUUUAUCUGUCAUUUGAAAAUUCCUUCUGUAAGGAUUAUGUAACAGAGAAGUUAUACAAUAUAUUGGCAAAAAAUAUUAUACCCAUAGUAUAUGGAAAUAACAAUUAUUCAGAAGUCGCACCGCCGCACUCGGUAAUUGAUGUGAGAAACUUCAAAAACGUAUCAUCUCUGAUGGAGUAUGUGAAAUAUUUGGAUGAAAAUGUUGAUGAAUACUUAAAGUACUUUGAAUGGAAAAAGAGUUUUAUAUUGAACAGGCAAUCUCCCGUGUGUGAAUUGUGUAAGAAACUGAACGAACCAAUAAAUCAGAAAGUAUAUAGUGAUUUGAAAUUGUGGUGGCAUGGUGAUAAAAAUAAUAAAAUCUGUGAACAAUUACCAGAAAUAGUACGAUUUUUGAAAAAUUAGUUUGUUGAAAUGUAAU